AACGCCGGGCCCGGGGCGCGCGGACCCAGCGGCCGAGACGCGGCGCCGCGAGAAACGCCCUAAAGAGGAGGGGAGAGCGCGGGACGGCGAGAGGGAGGGAGAGCGGCCGGGAGCGCGAGGGCGAGAGCGAGCGAGGCAGCCGCCGGCGGAGCGGAGGGAGCGGGCGAGGGCCGGGCGGGAGGAGCGGGCGCGGCGCGGGCGAGGCUGGGAGCCGAGCGCGCUCACUUGGCCGCAAAGUGCCAACUUCCCCUGGAGUGCCGGGCGCGCACCGUCUGGGCGCGGGGGACAGGAAGGCAGUGGGAAUUUGAUAUUUUAGGGAAGAGAUUCGGAUCUCCCCCGUCCCCUUCCCCUUGUUACUGAUCCCCAUUAAAAAGAAAAACAACAGUAACUGCAAACUUGCUACCAUCCCGUCCGUCCCCCGCUCCUGGCACCAUGAAGGCGGCCGUCGAUCUCAAGCCGACUCUCACCAUCAUCAAGACGGAAAAAGUCGAUCUGGAGCUUUUCCCCUCCCCGGAUAUGGAAUGUGCAGAUGUCCCACUCUUAACUCCAAGCAGCAAAGAAAUGAUGUCUCAAGCAUUAAAAGCUACUUUCAGUGGUUUCACUAAAGAACAGCAACGACUGGGGAUCCCAAAAGACCCCCGGCAGUGGACAGAAACUCAUGUUCGGGACUGGGUGAUGUGGGCUGUGAAUGAAUUCAGCCUGAAGGGCGUGGACUUCCAGAAGUUCUGUAUGAACGGAGCAGCCCUCUGUGCCCUGGGUAAAGACUGCUUUCUCGAGCUGGCCCCAGACUUUGUUGGGGACAUCUUAUGGGAACAUCUAGAGAUCCUGCAGAAAGAAGAUGUGAAACCAUAUCCAGUUAAUGGCGUCAACCCAACCUAUCCAGAAUCCCGCUAUACCUCGGAUUACUUCAUUAGCUAUGGUAUUGAGCAUGCCCAGUGUGUUCCACCGUCGGAGUUCUCAGAGCCCAGCUUCAUCACAGAGUCCUAUCAGACACUCCAUCCCAUCAGCUCAGAAGAACUCCUCUCCCUCAAGUAUGAGAACGACUAUCCUUCGGUCAUUCUCCGGGACCCUCUCCAGACAGACACCUUGCAGAACGACUACUUUGCUAUCAAACAAGAAGUCGUCACCCCAGACAACAUGUGCAUGGGGAGAACCAGUCGUGGUAAACUCGGGGGCCAGGACUCUUUUGAGAGCAUAGAGAGCUACGAUAGUUGUGAUCGUCUCACCCAGUCCUGGAGCAGCCAGUCAUCUUUCAACAGCCUGCAGCGUGUUCCCUCCUAUGACAGCUUCGACUCAGAGGACUAUCCAGCUGCCCUGCCCAACCACAAGCCCAAGGGCACCUUCAAGGACUAUGUGCGGGACCGUGCUGACCUCAACAAGGACAAGCCUGUCAUUCCUGCUGCUGCCCUAGCUGGCUACACAGGCAGUGGACCAAUCCAGCUGUGGCAGUUUCUUCUGGAAUUACUCACUGAUAAAUCCUGUCAGUCUUUUAUCAGCUGGACAGGAGAUGGCUGGGAAUUCAAACUUUCUGACCCAGAUGAGGUGGCCAGGAGAUGGGGAAAGAGGAAAAACAAACCUAAGAUGAAUUAUGAGAAACUGAGCCGUGGCCUACGCUACUAUUAUGACAAAAACAUCAUCCACAAGACAGCCGGGAAACGCUACGUGUACCGCUUUGUGUGUGACCUGCAGAGCCUGCUGGGAUACACCCCUGAGGAGCUGCACGCCAUGCUGGAUGUCAAGCCAGAUGCCGAUGAGUGAUGGCGCUGAAGGGGCUGGGGGAACCCUGCUGAGACCUUCCCAGGACAGCCGCGUUGGUUGGACUCUUGAAUUUUUAAUUGUUAUUCUAUUUUUUAUUUUCCAGAACUCAUUUUUUACCUUCAGGGGUGGGAGCUAAGUCAGUUGCAGCUGUAAUCAAUUGUACGCAGUUGGAAAAGGAAAGCCAGGACUUAUGGGGUGGGUGGGACCAGAAAUUCUUGAGCAAAUUUUCGGGAGAGGAAGAAAGGUCUUCUCAGAAGCUUGAAGGCUCUGGCUUAAGAGAGGAAGAGACUAAUGUGUCCAAUCAUGUUUAAAAAUCAUCCAUGAAAAAGUGUCUUGAGUUGUGGACCCAUUAGCAAGAGACAUUGUCUCAUCAGAACUCAUGAAACUGAUGUAAGGCAAUUAAUUUGCUUUUGUUUUUAGAUCUGGGUGGGCAAAAAAGAGGUGGGUUGGGUGAAACAUAUUUUGGGGUGGGACGUACUCAAAACUGAGAACUAUUUACCUUUCACUCUAGUUUUGAAACAAAGAUGGACUUCGGUGGGGAGGGGCCAAAACCAUUGUUGUGUUCAAAUUUAUUUUAUUAAAUUUUGUGCCAGUAUUUUUUUUUUCUUAAAAAUCGUCUUAAGCUCUAAGGUGGUCUCAGUAUUGCAAUAUCAUGUAAGUUUGUUUUUAUUUGCCGGCUGAGGAUUCUGUCACAGUGAAAGAAAACUGUUUAUAUAGACCCCAUUGGAAAAGCAAAACGCUCUCACUGAGAUCAGGGAUCCCAAAUUCAUGGGACUUAUAAAAGAAGGACAGUUCAUGCUGAUUUGAGUACAGGGGAAUGAUGUGUGUGAAUGUCAUCUACAAUUUAAAAAGUAUUAUCGCAUCCCUUUACUUAUGUGUUAUUAGUGGAUUCUCGGGGUUUGGACUUAAUGUUGAGUUAAGAAGCAUUAAGUCUUUGAACUGAAUGUAUUUUGCAUCCCUGGUUUUGGACCACAGUCAACGUAGGAGCACUGUUGAAGUCAUGGAAAGGAAAUCGAAGGAGGAAGAUUGACUUGGUUCUUUCUUAGUUCUAUACCUGUAGCAUAGAUGACUUGGAAUAAAAGCUGUAUGCAUGGGCAUUACCCCUCAGGUCUUAAGAAAUAAGUCCUGAAUGCAUGUCGUUCUAAACUAACACUCUGUAAUUUAUCUUUUAUGUCUUAUUUUCCAAGAAUCCUCCAUUUUUUGCACCGCCCCCGCCCCACCCCCACCCCCCACACUCUGUUAUUUGGUAGAGAGAAAUGUACGGCUUUCUGAUUGGUGAGUGAAAGAGUAACUGGAGACAUGACAUAAUUUGAAGAGUUUAGACCUGCUGAGUUUUAGAAGUGAUGGGAAUUAAGAGAGCAUUUCAAUAAAAUGUGAUUUGGCUGUCUUUGGAAGAGAGGUGCAAAGCUUUCCUUUGAAGAAUUUACAUUAGCGCGGUAGGAUGUGAGGUGAGACGGUGCAUGCAAAGUGAAUGGUAUGGGUGUUGUUUGGGCCUCAUGCUUGGGGCUGAUGUCUUGGCACAGGGUAAGUGAAGGUUAAUUCCAGAAGAGAGGAAUGACUUGAAGGCAAAGGAAACAAAAGAAGGAGGUUCAGUGAAGAAAAUAAGGUUGUCCAUGAGAUUUGAAUAGAGUUUUUAGUUCCCCCAAAGUUUAAAUGCAAACAUAGUCAAGUGAGGUGGUCAUCUUUCUGCUGGUUGUGAGGGUGGAUCUGAAAAUGGAGUUUUGGGGGGAAAAUCAACAUCUAACUAGUGAGGAAAAGUGCCUAACACAAUUAGAAUCUCCUCACUCUAUAGUUGCCCAGUUGAAAGGAUGAGGAAGAGGGGCAGCUUUAUGGACUUCCAUGAGAGAAGGGAAGAAACAUUUCAGAUGCGCUUCUCAGGGCUGGCCCUUUUUGGGAUUUGGAUGAGAAAAAGGAAGUAUUAACUACUUUCUAGUAUAUCUUCAAGAAAGUUGAUCGGUGUUUACUCCCAGAUCCUCUUGAAGACCCAGAAUUAUCAGGAACAUAUAGCUCUGUGAUUCAUGAAUGUCCCCAUACUGAUGAAUUGGAGCGUCUGCAUGGAAAGCAAAGGCAGAAUUAUCCCAGCUGUGUAUUUUGAUCUUUUGGAUGCAGGUGCCUUAAUGAAGCUCUCAAAAUA